AUGGAUAUCAUGGGCGCGGGCUAUAGCCCUCCUUGCGAUGACGAGUACCGGACACAGGACAAGCAAGACCCUGUUCUGGCUAAUUGUCAGACCAGAAAUGAGGCCACACCGCUCCCUGAGAAUGGUGGCCUUGAAACGAUGACCACACGACUGUGCCCUUACGGAUAUGAAAUCGUCGAAGACCCCCUCGCCGCACCUCAUGCUGGGUCCACCAAGCCGCCACUCGACGAGACUUUGAUAGACCUCACGCGUCAGCUCGAGAUGCAGGGUACGGUGGAAAUCCUCGAUUGGAAGCAGCACGCCGCGAAACAAGAAAAAUUCCUCAUAGCACUCCUUACUUGGGCCUUAAAUAUGAUCGAUGCUGCGCAGUGCCUCCAAGGGAACCUGCGUGGUGUGCUGGUUCGGUUCGCGAAAGCCCAGGACCAAGUGGUGGCUUUACAGAGGGAUCAAGAAGAGGCUGCAGGCAUGCGUGCCUCUCUCGAGAUGCGACUAAAUAACGCUGGGCUUCGGUUGAAAACAGCGGAGGAUCGAUCACUGGUACUUGAGAAGGAGAAUCAACAGAUGUCGAAAGUGUUUGCUUCUAUAAAGCGCCGACUGAAACAUAAACAAGAGACGAACGCCUCGCCCAAGACCAUCGGAUCAAUACCGAGCUCGAAUGAGGUCUCGCGAAACGGUGGGUUCAGGUGGGUCCCCUUUCCAGACUGUGAGGUGUACAUCGAGUUCAUUGGAAAAUCACCACAUUAG